AUGUCACCUUAUAGGUUAGUAUUUGGAAAAGCAUGUCACCUGCCGGUAGAAUUAGAGCACAAAGCUUAUUGGCCUACUAAAUUUUUGAAUUUUGAUGUGCAAAGUGCAGGUGCUAAACGUCUUUUGCAGGUGAGUGAGCUAGAUGAAUUUCGUCAUUGGGCAUAUGAGAGUGCUAGUUUGUACAAGGAGAAGACAAAGAGAUGGCAUGAUAGGCACAUUGUGAAAACGGAGUUCGAGCCAGGACAGCAAGUUCUUCUUUACAAUAGUCAUCUUCGUCUUUUCCCAGGAAAGCUGAAAUCAAGUUGGACGAGUCCAUAUGAGGUAAUUCAGGUAACACCUUUUGGAGCAAUUGAGAUCCACCAUGGAAAGACAGGUGAAACGUUUAAAGUUAAUGGACACCGUUUGAAGCACUUAUUAGAGGACGUUUCGAUCCAAACAUCACGUCCAUCCAGUUUCUUGAAUGAAGAAAGUGGAGAAAGUCAAGCUAACGACUCUAAAUUAGAACUAUAA